AUGGAGCGGACUUGGGAGCAGAAAAAGGCCGAUGAGCAUGAAAAAGCCAAAGAACAUGAACGCUUGGACGGCGAAUAUCAGGUCUUGGCCCGUGAGACGGCCGAUCUGCGUAGCUUCCUAACGCACAUAAAUCGGUUGCUCGACGAUCCAGACAAUGAUGCCUCGCAGUUGGAGAUGCAGCAAGACAUCAAGGUAACUCAUGAGCGGAUGAUUUCGCGAAACGAGGAUUUGAUGGCCGAAAAAAUGCGGUUCAUGAAGUGGUUGCGCAAACCAGAUGAAGAUUACAUGAAAUGGGAGGAUGCUCCCAAGGCUGGGUCUGCUGAUGAGAGCAGCGCAGCGAACAAGUAUGAAUCUGAGAUGUAUGAUGAGGGGCGGAGCUCUUUCAAGGUGCCUGAAAAGAAUGGCGGAACGGAAGAGAGCUCCUGGAAAUAG